AUGACGCCCCCAGAUCCCCAUUUAACCACCUCCUUCUCCCACAGCCCCCACAGCCCCCGAGAGGGACCCCUCCCUCCCCGCGACGCCGCGCUGGCCAUGGCCGAGAUCGGGGUCCUGUCCGUCAUCCUGGUCCUGGCCCUGGGGGCAACAUCCUGCGGUCCCGGGGACCCCCCUCUCCGCCCCGCCCGCCCCCUGCGCCGCUACCUGCGGCACCUGAGCCUGGCGGACCUGUCGGCGGCCGCGGGGCAGGUCCUGCCGCAGCUGCUCUGGGACCUCACCGACCGCUCGGGGCCCGACGUGCUCUGUAGGGUCACCAAGUACCUGCAGGGGGUGGCCAUGUUCGCCUCGGCCUACGUGGCCGUGGCCAUGGCCUGGGACCGCCACCGCGCCAUCACCCGGCCCCUGGGGGCGGCCUCGGGGGGGCAUCGCGGCCGCGGCGCCCGUGGGGACAGCAGGGGCAGUGUCACUGCAACAUACCCCUUGUGCCCCUCACACCCCCAUGUCACACCAGUGUCCCCAACCGUCCAUGUCACCUCAGUGCCACCAAGUCCCAAUGGCACCUUGAAGUCCCCAAGCCCCUGUGACACCUCAACACCCCCAGUCCCUCAUGUCACCCCAAUGCCACCAACCCCCAAUGGCACCCCAAUGUCCCUCCGUGUCCCCCUGAUGUCCCCAAGCCCCAAUGGCACCCCAGUGACCCUCCAUGUCCCCCUGAUGUCCCCAUCACCCCCAUCGUCCCCGCAGAUGCCCUCAAGGUCGUUGUCACAGGCGACGGUGGGGGUGUCCGGGACCACCAUAGGGGUCUCUGGGGCUACCACAGAGGGGUCUUGGGCCACCACAGAGGGGUCUCAAGACAUCAUGGGUGGGUUUGGGACCACAAUAGGGGUGUCUGUGGCCACCACAAGAGUGGCUCAUGCCACCAUAGGUGAAGCUGAGACCAACAUGGGGGAAUCUGGGACCACCAUGGGAGCAUCUCAAGCCACAGCAGGGGAGUCUGGGACCACCAGGGGCGUAUCUUGGGUCACCACAGAGGGGUCUGGGACCACCAUGGAGGCCCCUCAAGCCACAACACGAGGGUCUGGGGCCACCACAGGGUGGUCUCAGGUAGUCACAGGGUGGGCUGGCUCUGCCCUGGGCUGGGCCCGCUCUGCCCUGGGCCGUGCCCGGCGCGGGUGGGACGCGCUGGCCACGGCGUGGGCGCUGUCCCUGCUCUUCGGGCUGCCCCAGGUGGGCAUCUUCGGGCAGCGCGAGGUGGCCCCGGGCGAGAGCGACUGCUGGGCCACCUUCAUCGAGCCCUGGGGGGCCCGCGCCUACAUCACCUGGGUGGCCCUGGCCGUGCUGGUGGCCCCCGCGGUGCUGCUGGGGGGGCUGCAGCUGGCGGUGACCCGAGAGCUCCGGGAGGGCCGGGGGGGUCCCGGGGGGCUCGGGAGAGCCCGGGCCAAGAGCCACAGGAUGGCCGUGGUGGUCCUGGGGGUGUUCGUGCUCUGCUGGACCCCCUUCUUCUGCGCCCAGCUCUGGGCCGUGUGGGACCCUCGGGCACCGCGGGAAGGCCCCGCCUUCACCAUCCUGAUGCUCUUGGCCAGCCUGACCAGCUGCACCAACCCCUGGAUCUCGGCCGCCUUCAGCACCAGCCUGGCCCGGGCCAUGGCCCGAGUGCUGUGUCCCCACCGGCACCGCCGCACACGGUGA